AUGCUGCUGACCAAGCUGCCCCGUUCGGUCUUCCAGAUGCUGCUGACCAAGCUGCCCCGUUCGGUCUUCCAGAUGCUGCUGACCAAGCUGCCCCGUUCGGUCUUCCAGAUGCUGCUGCCCCCUCCUGUCUUCCAGAUGCUGCUGCCCCCUCCUGUCUUCCAGAUGCUGCUGACCAAGCUGCCCCUUCCUGUCUUCCAGAUGCUACUGACCAAGCUGCCCCCUCCUGUCUUCCAGAUGCUGCUGCCCCGUUCGGUCUUCUAGAUGCUGCUGACCAAGCUGCCCCCUCCUGUCUUCCAGAUGCUGCUGACCAAGCUGCCCCGUUCGGUCUUCCAGAUGCUGCUGACCAAGCUGCCCCGUUCGGUCUUCCAGAUGCUGCUGACCAAGCUGCCCCCUCCUGUCUUCCAGAUGCUGCUAACCAAGCUGCCCCCUCCUGUCUUCCAGAUGCUGCUGCCCCCUCCUGUCUUCCAGAUGCUGCUGCCCCCUCCUGUCUUCCAGAUGCUACUGACCAAGCUGCCCCCUCCUGUCUUCCAGAUGCUGCUGACCCCUCCUGUCUUCCAGAUGCUGCUGCCCCCUCCUGUCUUCCAGAUGCUGCUGACCAAGCUGCCCCCUCCGGUCUUCCAGAUGCUGCUGACCAAGCUGCCCCCUCCUGUCUUCCAGAUGCUGCUGACCAAGCUGCCCCCUCCUGUCUUCCAGAUGCUGCUGACCAAGCUGCCCCCUCCCGUCUUCCAGAUGCUACUGACCAAGCUGCCCCUCCUGUCUUCCAGAUGCUGCUGACCAAGCUGCCCCCUCCUGUCUUCCAGAUGCUGCUGACCAGGCUGCCCCUUCUGUCUUCCAGAUGCUGCUGACCAAGCUGGGGGCCCCCCGUCUUCCCGAUGCUCGGGCCCCCCCCGUCUUCCGAUGCUGCUGACCAAAACUGUCCCCUUCGUCUUCCAGAUGUGCUGACCAAACUGUUUCCCCCUUUUGUCUUUCCAAAAAUGCUGCUGACCCAAACUUUCCCCCCUUUUGUCUUCCCGGGUGCUGUGAAAAGCUUUCCCCCCUCCCGUCUUCCGAUGUGUCCCAAAUGCCCCCCCUGUUUUUUUCCAGAUGCUGCUUUCCCCCUUCGGGCUUCCCGUGCUUUGCUUUACCCAAGGGUGCCCCCCCUGUCUUCCAGAUUUUUUCUGACCAAAACUUUCCCCCUUUGUUUUCCCGAUGCGUUUCCCCCCCCUGUCUUCCAGAUGCUCGGGCCAAAAUGCCCCCUUUGGUCUUUUCCCGAUUUCUGCUGACCAAAACUUUCCCCGUUCGGGGUUUUCCCGAUGGGACCAAGUGCCCCGUUUGGUCUUCCAAAAUUUUGCUGACCAAAACUGCCCCCUUGGUCUUCCAGAUUUCUGCGACCAAGCGCCCCCCCUUUUGCUUCCAGGUGCUGCUGACCAAGGCGGGCCCCCUUCGGGCUUUCCCGAUGUUUCUGACCCAAACUGCCCCGUUCGGUCUUCCCGUGCUUUUGACCAAACUGCCCCGUUGGUCUUUUAAAAUGUUUUGACCAAAACUGCCCCCUCCGUCUUCCAGAUGUGCUGACCAAGCUGCCCCCCCCUGUUUCCAAAAAUGCUGUGACCAAAGGGGCCCCCCUUUUUUCCAGAGCUGCUGACCCAAACUGCCCCCCCCCUUCUUCCAGUUGCUUGCUGACCAAGCUGCCCCCCCCUGUCUUCCAGAUGCGGGGACCCAAACUGCCCCCCUUUAGUCUUUAGAUGCUGUGACCAAAAUUUCCCCCCUUUGUCUUCUAGAUGCGGUGACCAACUUCCCCCCCCUGUUUUUCCCCCGGGUUGCCCCAAAACUUUCCCCCCCCGGGUUUUCCCGUGCGCUGCCCCCUCCUGUUUUUCCCCCCGGGUGCUGACCAAGCUGCCCCCUUCUGUCUUCCAGAUGCUGCUGCCCCCUCCUGUCUUCCAGAUGCUGCUGACCAAGCUGCCCCCUCCUGUCUUCCAGAUGCUGCUGCCCCCUCCUGUCUUCCAGAUGCUGCUGACCAAGCUGCCCCCUUCUGUCUUCCAGAUGCUGCUGCCCCCUCCUGUCUUCCAGAUGCUGCUGACCAAGCUGCCCCCUCCUGUCUUCCAGAUGCUGCUGACCAAGCUGUCCCCUUCUGUCUUCCAGAUGCUGCUGACCAAGCUGCCCCCUCCUGUCUUCCAGAUGCUGCUGACCAAGCUGCCCAUCAUCAGACAGGUAAGGAUGCUCUCCCAGAGGAAGCCAGGGCUGGAGGUGCACCAACAUGGCUGA